AUGGCACUCAAUACAUCAACAUCUGCUUGCUGCAAGCUAGAAGAAGGAGCAGUAUCCUUAAAGAAAACGAAUAGUGUAAAACAAACAAUGAGCAAUCAGGAAAGUAAAACGAAUAUAUUCUCAAAUAUUGUUCAACCAAUCAUUGCAGAAUUAAUAGGAACGACAUUUUUUAUUCUAAUCGGAUUACUUGGUGCAUGUAAUGACGAUAAUAAGUACCAUUCGUUAACAACGGCCUUCUCGUUUGGCUUUUCGUUGAUAAUCUUCAUUGCUAGUCUCGGACAUAUCAGUGGCGGCCAUUUCAAUCCUGCUGUGACUUUUGGCAUGUUCAUUGCCGGUGCAGUCGAUUUGAAAAAAGGUUCACUCUAUAUUCUUAUGCAAUUGAUCGGCGGUGCUAUGGCAGCGGGAAUAUUUCGACUUCUUUCACAUACAACAGUAUAUCAUCGGUGUUAUGGUGGAGCAACCUUCUUAGUAACAGUGAAAACGCCAAAAGGAUCGAACGGAUAUAUCUUAGAUCGUAUCGAUUGGUGGGAAGGUUUAUCGCUUGAAUUACUGCUAACCUUUGUUUUUGUUACGGUGAUUCUUCUGGUGUCAGUAAAUCAAAAGUCAAAAAGUAGUUUUGCUCCCAUAUAUAACGGUAUUGCGUUAUGUGCAUGCAUUCUUGCAUCGAAUAUGCUAACCGGGGGUUCACUCAAUCCAGCUCGUAGUCUAGGGCCAGCUAUCUUCGCUAAUGUUUGGUCACAUCAUUAUAUCUACUGGAUAGGUCCAUUGAUUGGUGGAACCAUCGCUGGUGGAUUUUACCGAUAUAUCUGGGGUAGAAAUGAUCGUCUAUCAACUGAUGACAAAUAA